UUUCCUUUCAAAGAACCUGUGACAGACAAUACAGUUGAUCUUCUCAACCUGUGCCAGCAUGACUAGACUCUCUUUAUCUAUUAGCUGGCUUUGUUUGGGCCUAAUUUUUGGGUCAAACGUGGAUGGUUUUGCUUCGUUCAGAUGCGGCUAUUUGGGCAUCCUGGGGGAUGGAAACGCGUGUGCCCUUUCCUGUAUUCCUCAAGGAUACACCUCCGGUUAUUGUGAGUAUGACCAAUGCAUUUGCGGGGUUCAAACACAACCUUUGAUCAACGAUCUCAACGGAAACGACGAUGGCCAUUUUGGGAUCCUAAACCCAUCCUCACGUAAUUGGGUUCGAAGGCACAAAGAAAAGGAUCGGAUAGAUAAUGAGGAUUCAGAGCCAGUUUGGCCCCAAUCACAGACACGCAAUGAUGGAGAGGAUUGGGACGUUCCCGCCGAGGAUGAAGGUUAUGAAUCGGACAACGAAUUUGAGGAUGACGAUGAUGAUGAUGAUGAGGAUGAGGAUGAUGAUGAUGAUGACGACGACGAUGAUUCCAAGCGUCGACAUGGUCACUAUUUCUCCGGUGGUCGACGUCACAAAGGGCGACGACAUUCGUUUGGUCGUCGAUCGGGUUAGACUGACCAUGGGUUUGGAUUCAAAAUGAAAUAUAAUUGCAUAUGGUGUUAAGCUUU